AAUUUAUACACUGUUGUCAUCAAUUGAGUCUAGAUGCCUUGGCCCGAAGUCUAGUCCUAUACCCGUACUAUUUAUUUUCUUUUUCUCAAAAAGCACCUAGUACUUUAGUUUAUUUUCAAAUCAAAUCGAGAAGACUUUCAGACUUGUCCAAACCUUCGUCUAGUUAGAAAAAUUAGCUAAUUCCAUUCGUCCACUCCUCGAGAGACACGACACUCGGAGAAAACUAACCCUUCAUUGGGAAGGUUGACUUACCGAAAAACUCAAUCAUCAAAUGGCGCCGUUGCUGGGGAGUGGCACGGUUUUAGUUUAAUUUUUUUAAUUAGCUUAGGUAAAGACCGGUUAGGUCGAUCUUCUCACCUCUUUUUCACAAGCCACCCGUAGUAAUCAUUAAAAAUGAAUUUUCGAGAUGAUUACUGCAAUCCACCUCCUUUCUACCAACCACCCAACCAUCUACCAUCAUUUUCCCAACAGUCCAAUUCCUAUCCACCAUCACCACCACCAUAUUAUCCACAUCAGGAUUCCUAUUAUGAUGACUACUCAGUCAAUAAUGGACCUGAUUAUUAUCCACACUAUGAGGAAGCACCAUACAAUACCCCGUCUCGGAGCUUUGGAUAUUCUCCAUACCAAGACAACUGUGGGGACUAUUAUGAACCUCAUGGUGAUCAAGAUGAUUAUGACGAACAAGGGCCAAUGUACGAUGACCAGCUAGAUCCACUUAUUGAAGAGAUUUUGUGGACUGAGAAAAGAAUACUUUAUCUUGACCUAGCAUUAGUAAUGGAGUGUUCAUUAUUUGAACCACGCUAUUGCCGUGAUUACUCUCUGACUCGUGAAGAGCAAAUCGAAGCAAACAGAGAUGCAAUCCAGGCGAGAGAACGAUUUCUCAAAACAGUCAAAGAAGAACGCCAACUGCUCCAAACCCAGAAAGAUAACGAACAACGCGAAUAUUGGGAGCAUAUGAAAAAGAUGCUGGAGGAGUUUAAGAAAGCUAUGGAACAACAAGAAGAGAUGGAGGAAAUUGUUGCUCUAGAAGAGGAUGAAGAAUUUGAGACAGAAUUUGAAACUGAAUCCAACAAUGUCUCAAUUCUUGAAUAUCAACAAACUUCAUCACCACUGUAUAUCACGAACAAGAUAACCCUUGCAGAAAUGAUUGCACGAGGUACAGUGGUGAUGCUUCCUGAAAGCCCGAAAAGUCAAAUUGUACAAGAGGUGAAGCCUAACGAGGGUCCUGUCUCAGAAUCUCCUUCACCAGCUGCACCAGAAACGUUGGAGGAACUUGUCCUCCUAACAUGUGUUGAAGACACUUCUCCAGAGGAACCUGUUCUGGAGAAAUUAGAACCCAUCACCAACCCUUUUGAUCAUGAAGACUUAGGGGAAAGAAUUGUCGUAAUCAUCUAUCCACCAACUGAAAGUCAGCCCAUUGGGGACUUGGAAAGUCAAAUCCUGGCACUGAAAGCCAAUGAUGUGGAUACACUGAGGAGACUCCCACCACCACCCAUCCAAGACGAGUCUCCUCCAUUUUUCCAGUUGCCACCACGCUGCAGGAAUGAGUCAAAGAUCCUGGACUUUGACUACAAAAGAACAGAACAAAGGUGGCAUCAGAACAGAGUCAAAAAGGUGGAGUUUGGAAUUAGGAAUGCUGGUGAACCAUUUUGACUCAACAAAAAAAAGAAAUGACUAACUUUUGU